AUGCGCCGUCUUCUACCAUUGAGACGCAAGAAGCACAAGGAUAAGGUAGCAGAUGUGGGAAGCCCGAAUUGUAGUCGGGAUGCCAGCGUCGAUAAACCCCGUAUCGCUCUACCGAGCCCACCAACUGCCUCCGAGUCAAAUACCCAAGUUCGAAGUGUUAUUCCCACUGAAGAAAUUGUCGAAGGCCUUAUCGAAAUCAAGGGAUUUGAAGACAAGACUCGGUUGAAAAGGAGGAUAGACGUCGUGGCCAUUCAUGGCCUCAAUGGACAUCCUUACAAUACCUGGAAACAUGAUGGUGUCAUAUGGUUCUCCAAGUUCCUGCCACAACAUUUGCCUGGCUUUGACCUGAGGAUAUGUACGUUUGGGUACAACUCUCGUGUCUUGGGUGGCGGAUCGUUUUUUCGGGUCCGUGAUUUUGCGACUCAGCUGCUGGAGAGUCUACUCUCGAAGAGAAGUCAGACCGACACCAAGGAUGUUCCAUUGUUCUUCAUUUGUCAUAGCUUAGGCGGCGUGGUCUUCAAGAAGAUGCUGAUUGUUGCUCAUGAGAGAGAAGGCCUAUACAAUGACAUCAAGAUCUCCACUAAAGGUGUUAUCUUCUUUGGUACCCCCCAUUGUGGAUCAGAUAUAGCAAAUGCAACUAGAGUGACCCGCGACAUCUUUUCUCUUUGCACAGCAAAGGCCUUCCGGUCAGAUCUCCUCAAGAGCCUCGAGUCGAACUCCGCAGAUCUGAUCGAGAUCGCUGCACAGUUUGUAGAACGAGCUGUCCCUCUGCAGAUUUUAUCUGCGUACGAGGGUCGGCGCUUUGGAUCCACCAUUGGGAUGGUGAUUGUCGACAAGAGCUCAGCGGUUUUGAACCUUCCAAACGAGAGACUUCUUCCUAUCGAUGCGGAUCAUCGAGAAAUUUGCAGGUUUUCCGAUCUAAAGGAUCCUCGCUUUCAGCCUGUGCUUUCUGCCAUGGGUCAAAUGAUCUGUGAGUCGGUCGCGAUGGAAGAUAAUGAGAUGAAAGCCUGUCUUGAUAUGUUAUACUUCCCUGCCUACAAGGAACGGCGGAGCAAUGUCACCGACGCUCAUAUAAAUACUUUCGAAUGGUUAUGGGAUCACCCGAAGUACAAACUAUGGGAGAACGGCCACUCUUCGUCAUUACUGUGGCUACAAGGUAAGCCAGGCAGCGGCAAAUCGACGCUUGCAAACUUCUGCCGGAGUCGCGUGCAGAACAGAGUCGGUCUCUCCCCCAAGCGACAAACCAUUGUUGUCGAUUUUUUCUACAGUGUGCGUGGUGGAAAUCUGCAGAGUGGCCACUACUGGAUGCUCCGAUCUAUCCUGUAUCAAUUUCUUCUCCAGACCCCAGGAUUAUGGGAAAAUUACCGCAACGAUUUCAGAGACUGCCGCACAACUGAACAAAGUGAUAUAUGGCGAUCUCAACGAAACAACCCCACAGACCUGUGGUCACUGGAGCGCUCCAAGGCUCUUUUGAGCUCACUUGGAUCAUUACACACUCCUUGGCUAAAGGUGACUGCAUAUAUCAUCGUGGAUGCAUUGGAUGAAUCAGAAGAGCCUAAUCGACAAGAGAUGAUUCAAUUGUUCCGGAAGAUCAGUCAACGUGACUUAGGGUGGCCUAUCUCUUUCAAAAUACUUUUAACGAGCCGCCCGAGCCCAAAGAUUGAGACGGUACUUACGAAUUGCCACAAAAUUGUACUUGAGGACGAGACCGCGAUGGACAUUGUCAACUAUGUUGACGCAGAGACCGGCCGGAUUGCAGCGCAGAUACUCAAUUGCAAGCACGAGGAGUUGUCGUUUAUAUCGUCACACCUCAAGCAAGCUUCUCAAGGCGUUUUCUUAUGGGUCAAACUCGUGCUGCAAGAACUCGACGAACGUGCGACCGAGGGUUUCUGCAGCGUGGCAGAGUUGGAACAAUUGUUACUCACCAUUCCAACAGACUUGAAAGAGCUUUAUCAACGAAUACAGGACAAGAUUGUGAGAGGCGUCUCUAAGAAUGUACGAGAAUGUCAAACUCUCUUCCGAUGGAUUGCUUUUAGCCCCAAGCCUCUCCUUGUUGAAGAAGUCCUUGAAAUUAUUGCGGCAAGUGCCUGUCUACAUCCAGGUACAACUCGAACUGAACUUCAGCGGAAUCGUCUGCGGAAUACUGAAGAUGUCAGAAGAAGAUUAAUCAGCCUUUGCGGAAAUCUCGUCGAAGUAAAAGGACGCAUUGUCCAAUUCAUUCAUACCUCUGUCCGAGAACAUUUGCUAGCAACUCAUUCGUAUGGCAUGAUCUCGGUAACUCCAGCAAACAGCUUGUUCGAAAUCGCAAACUUGUGUCUGAACUAUGUGGACGGUUUCCGACGCGAGCUUGAAAAGGAUCCAUGGCUUGCCGAGCAAACCGAAAGCCCAGCAGGGCACUAUCAGGGUGGUCUCGCGAUCAAUCUCGACACUUAUAUCGAUUUGAUCAACGAGUUUGGUUUGCUUCGUUAUAUGUUCGGUCACGAACCAGCAUUCAUACAACUUCUGGACAACGAACUCUGCUCCCACGGCGGUGAUCGAAAUCUGCGAUUAGGGAUGUCGUCUUGUUCGAAGGUGCUGCAGCCUCUUGUCCUUGAAGCGAUAGCUCAAGGGAACCUCUCCGCCCUCCGCCAACUCAUCUUGGAUUCUGAUCAAAUCAAUGCACAGUAUGCAGUUCCACGGCUUGACAGUCGUUUCAAACAGGAUUUUAUCCACUCUCAUUUCUUUGAUGAAACGACUUCCAGCCUAAGAUUAUGCCAAAUUGGCAUAUUGUGCGAUAGCAGUUUCAGAGAGGACCUAUUAGAGCUACUGCAUAGUCUCGGAGCCGACCUUGAUGGGCAGGAUAGCUUGGGUCGAACGGUCGUUCACUUGUCGAUCCUCUAUGAAGCUUGGGCAUCCGGAUUGCUGAAGGGAGUUAUAGAGGAAUCACUCACGCUAACCAUCAAGAACGGGUUCAUCACACUUGGGGGCUAUGCUCCUGCCCUUCUGUCGCUACCAGAUUUCCGUUCCAGAGUACCAAGGCGAUCUACAGCGGAGGUUUUCAAAUAUUCUGUGAUCCUGUCAGCUGCCAUUAGGUCAAACCCAGCUCUGAUGAAUGCACUUCCCCCCAGGGGAAAUAUUAAUUCAACCGCACUAAUCUCGAUCGUGCGGAGGAAGCCAACAGGACCCAAAUCCAUUUCAGUGCCCCACGAAUCUCUCGUGGAAGUAGUCUGGAACUUACACUUCGCUCAUCAACGGCACUUAGCUCAGGUGUUUCAAAAUUCGUACAUGAUAACGGAUGGCUUGGGUAUUGUGGAAGCCAAGUGGAAACUCAAUUCUGCCAACACAGAGGUCCGGCAGAGCCGUGCUUGUAUAGCUCACCUCUUGCGGCUUGGAGCGAACGUUACCAUAGAAUCCGUCCAAUCACAGUACACAGACCCUGUGAAUCUGAGUUUAAUGUAUGAUCUGGGAAGAACGACGCAACGUCUGUUGGACAACCUUGAACGCAAUACAGAAUACCAACUGUCCCUUGCUAAAAGCAAGACGGAAAAAUCACGUUUGCUGCGUCAAUUUGGAACAACUGUUGCAAAUUAUCUUCGCAGGAAUGCUUACACCACGGGGCUUUCUCCGGUUUUCGAUUGGAUUGAUCGCAAGUGCCACAGCGAUUCCAUUUUCGGUUCUCUUCCACUAGAUCUCAUGGAUCUAUCUCGUGAAGAGAACGGAUGCUCGGUGAUGCAUAUAGCAGCUUCGCAUGGAUAUGUCGAUCCCUUGCGAAAUAUGAUUGGUAUGGGAUUCUCAGAAUGCGUGAAAGAUGACCGUGGACGUAUCUUGAUGGAUAUCGCGCUUGAAAAGCGUCAUGGCCGGAUCAUUGCGAUGCUGCUAAACCGUCGUUAUCAGGGAAGAGACCGCAAUCGGAGGGCGUCCUACGAGUAUAGGGCUAGGUGGUCUUGGGCUGUUCGUGGCUAUCUCUGUGAGGGUCCGCGGCUUGACGAAGCCAUCCGACACUACACAACAGCUUGCGCUAACCCAGAGACUUUCCACAAAAAUCCUCUCUCGGAGAGCGAAACCGAGUUCAUCAAUAAAAUAUCUGAUCGCCGAAGACCUGUGGCAUGA